CCCAAGGUUUCUUCUCCAACCCAGUGUCUGUCUCGCUCUCCCCUACGAAACACCGAAGAAAUGCUUCUUAGCAGAGCUCAAGAACUCUCGCCAGUCGCUGUCAUUCUCUACUCAAACCCUAACCCUAACCUCUACAAACCCAUCGCAUUUUCCAUGCGCAAAGCCCUCACAAUCCUCCGUUCUCUCACACCCUCCCUCCACCACCACCACCACCACCACCACCACCAUCACCGCCGCCUCCUUUGCACUCUCUCUUUCCUCAACCCCUCCCAAACCCCCCUCACUCUCUCGUUAUGCGCCAACAAAACCUCCCCAUCAUCUCCAUUGCCGCCCCUCUCGAACCCACACGCUUCAGCGGCGCAGUCGGGUACUUUUGUCGAACACUUGCCCUACAAACCAGAAGGAUUCAGAAACGAUGAAAAUUGGGAUUUCUCGCGCACCAGUGAGGACGAAAUUUUUGAUUUCGGUGCAGAUUCUGCGUCCACUGAAUUGAAGAACUUGAAUUCGCCGCCGCCGCUUGAGGUUAAGCAACUGGAGGAGCUUCCCGAACAGUGGAGGAGAUCGAAGUUGGCGUGGCUGUGCAAGGAACUGCCGUCGCACAAGCCUGCGACGCUGAUUCGGGUACUCAAUGCGCAGCGGAAGUGGAUUAGGCAGGAAGAUGCAACUUAUGUGGCUGUCCAUUGUAUGCGGAUUCGCGAGAACGAGGCCGGUUUUAGGGUAUACAAAUGGAUGAUGCAACAGCACUGGUUCCAAUUUGAUUUUGCUCUUGCUACUAAGCUAGCAUAUUACAUGGGCAAGGAGCGAAAAUUCUUAAAAUGUCGGGAGAUAUUUGACGACAUACUCAAUCAUGGACGAGUGCCUAGUGAAUCUACGUUUCAUUUUCUAUCCGUUGCCUAUCUUAGUUCGCCAGUUCAUGGUUGCCUAGAGGAAGCAUGCGGCAUUUACAAUCGUAUGAUUCAAUUAGGAGGUUACAAGCCUAGACUUAGUUUACACAAUGCUCUAUUCAGGGCUAUUGUUAGCAAACCAGGAGGCUCUUCAAAACAUUAUCUCAAACAGGCAGAGUUCAUAUUUCAUAAUUUGACAACAUCUGGACUUGAGAUACACAAGGAUAUUUAUGGCAGUCUAAUUUGGCUCCAUAGUUAUCAGGAGACCAUUGACAAAGAGAGGAUAGCAUCACUGAGGGCAGAAAUGCAAUUAGCAGGAAUUGAAGAGAGCAGAGAAGUGCUUGUGUCCAUCUUGAGAGCUUGGUCUAAGGAAGGGGAUGUGGAGGAAGUUGAACGGACCUGGCUCAAACUCCUUCAAUCUGAUAUUAAUCUCCCAUCUCAAGCUUUUGUGUAUAGAAUGGAAGUGCAUGCGAAGGUUGGAGAACCUAUGAAAGCAUUGGAGAUAUUCUGGGGAAUGCAAGAGCAGUUGGGUUCCACCCCUGUUGUGGCAUAUCAUAAAAUCAUACAGGUGUUAUCUAAAGCUCAAAAAAUGGAACUUGCAGAGUCCCUCAUGACAGAGUUCAUUGGGAGUGGUCUAAAGCCCCUAAUGCCAUCUUUUUUGGAUCUAAUGUAUAUGUACUUCAAUUUAAGCUUACAUGAUAAAUUGGAAUCAACUUUCAAUUUGAGCCUUGAGAGAUGCCGACCAAAUCGAACUAUUUACAGUAUAUACUUGAAGUCGUUGGUAAAAAUAUGUAAUGUUGACAAGGCUGAAGAGAUCUUCAACCAAAUGCAUAGUAAUGAUGCAAUUGGUGUAAACACCCAAUCGUGCAACACUAUUUUGAGUGGGUACCUCUCUAGUGGAGAGUAUUUGAAGGCAGAAAAGAUAUAUGAUUUGAUGUGCCAGAAGAAAUAUGACAUAGAAUCUCCAUUGAUGGAAAAGCUUGAUUAUGUACUGAGCUUGAGUAGAAUGGUUGUCAAGAAACCCAUGAGCCUGAAGCUCAGCAAAGAGCAGCGAGAGAUUUUGGUGGGGUUGCUGUUAGGCGGUUUGCAGAUUGUAUCAGAUGAAGAGAGAAGGAAUUUUGCAAUCCACUUUGAGUUCAAGGAGAACAUUGAGACACAUUUUAUAUUAAGAAGACAUAUACAUGAUCAGUACCAUGAGUGGUUAACUUCAUUUAGUAAAUCAACUGAUGGAAGUGAUGACAUACCAUGCCACUUUAGUACCAUCCCGCACUCUUAUUUCAGUUUCUAUGCCAACCAGUUCUGGCCAAAAGGCCAGCCUGCAAUACCAAAGUUAAUCCAUCGGUGGUUGUCACCACGAGUUCUUGCGUACUGGUAUAUGUAUGGGGGACACAGAACAUCAUCAGGGGAUAUUUUGUUGAAGCUAAAGGGAAGUCAAGAGGGUGUUCAGAGGAUUGUUAAAACAUUGAAUGAUAAAUCUUUGGGUUGCAAGGUAAAAAGGAAGGGGAGUGUGUUUUGGAUAGGUUUUCUGGGAAGCAAUUCUUCAUGGUUGUGGAAAUUGAUUGAACCAUAUAUUUUAGAUGAUUUAGUAGAACUUCUAAAGGCAGGUGGCCAUUCCUUGAAUAGAAUGUCAGAGGCUCCAAUCAUUAGUUUUGAUAGCGGGUCUGAUUCUGAUGAGAAGGCUUCUGAUUGCAGCGACGAUGAUAAUUCUUAGGACUUCUCUUUUAGUUGUUUGCUUGUUAUAUGCCCUAUUAUUAUGUGGAUUUGUUCUGAGGCCAUUAAGGCUGAAAUGUAAGACUGCCAGAUUCACUUUUUGAUGAGGCUUGGGCCUUUCAGCCGUUGGAAGUACGUCAGUAUGAUCUUGGACAACAUUCAGAGUUGUAUAUACUCCACUGCGUAAAGAUUAACAUUGUUAUCUUAUGAAGAAUUAUCUUAUUAUCAUGCUAAA